GUGAUAAUCACUGAGUAAACGGUGUUGCUGUAGUUGUGUUGGACAUGUGCGGGUCAUGGUGAGCUCUACAGUGUUUGUGUUUCAGCUUUUGUUUCUCUGUGCAGUUCAGGAUAGAGUCAUCAUCUCUCCUGUUUAUAACUCUUAAUCAUCUUUACAUCCAUUAUUUUCAGAGAGUGACUGAAUGAAUCGUGUGAUUAACUCUUAUGAACGAGUGAAAGUCAGUCUGGCAGCAGAGCGUCAUCAUCUGUUUACUAGCUUGUGCAAGUGAACACGUGCUGUGUUGAGGUCACAUGACUGCGCUGGUCACGUGGCGCUGUGGACAUCAGAGACGCCGCGGUGUUUAUCUGACCCUCUGCAGUUGUUGUUGUUGUUGUUUUCUUCUUCUCCCGCUCGCUCGUGAUGUUGCGCGCGCUGCUCCCCGUGAUUCUGGCUCUCUCCGCCGCCGCUCCGGUGUUUCCGCUGGUUCUGGUUCCGCCGCACGAGCAGGUGGCGCGCAUGGCCCGGUUUGUGGUCAGUAAGAGCGACUGGGCUUCAGUGGCGACGAUCUCCAGCCGCGAGCCGGUGCGCGGACAGCCCUUCUCCAACAGCUUCUCCAUCAGCGACGGGCCGCCCGGGGCCAGCAGCGGGACACCAUACCUGUACCUCACACACCUGGACAUCUCUGUGCAGGACCUGCAGGUGAACCCGCAGGUCUCUCUCUCCAUGUCUCUGGCUCAGAGCAGUUACUGCAGGAAUCAUGGGUACGACCCUCAGUCUCCUCUGUGUGCGCACGUCAUCCUGUCCGGAUCACUGCUGCAGCUGAAUGACUCUGAGGAGGUGUGUGUGGCGAAGCGUGCUCUGUUCAGCAGACACCCGCAGAUGCAGGACUGGCCCUCAGAUCACGGCUGGUUCUUCUCGAAGAUCAACAUCACGCAGGUCUGGGUGCUCGAUUACUUCGGCGGAGUCAAGACCGUCACACCGGACGAGUAUUACAGAGCCCAGCCGUACCACACACACACACACAGAGGAAGUGACACGCUGUGAUCUCCGUGUUCUGGAUCAGAGCCACUGAUGAGGUGAUUCAGACUCUGGAUUGAUCCACCAUUCUCAGGCUGAAGCUCUCCUGUGUGUGUGUAUAUGUGUAGUGUGUGUGUAUGUGUAGUGUGUGUGUGUGUGUGUAGCGUGUGUGUGUGUGUGUGUGUGUGUGUGGUUUUGUAUAAGAUUUGUUAAGUUUGCAGAUGAUUUUAUUGACUCUAUUAUGAGAUUUGAGGUGUAAGAGCAGUCCUGAGGGUCACAGGGGUCAGUCCUGGGUGACCUCUGACCUCUGCGUGUGUGUUCUGCUCAGUGUGUGUGUGUGUGUGUGUGUGUGUGUGUGUGUGUGUGUGUGUGUGUGUGUGUGUGUGUUGGAUGAUGUGUACUCCUCUACUCAGUGAUUAUGUUGGUGUGUGUUUGACUCUGUAAUGGCGGAGUGUGUGUGUGUGUGUGUGUGCAGUGAAAUAAAGCUCUGACACCACA